ACUAUCAACUAAAGGAGCUUUUCCAGGUACUAUCUCCUCCCCAGAUCAUGAUGAAUCGUCUGUGAGCCUCGUUGUGCAGCAGGUAGCCGAGCGAAUGCAGCAAGCACACGCUUUCGCUCUUCAGUGAUGAAUGACAGCUCUCCAACAUCUGAGAACAUCAUGUUUCACCAGCUGACUGCAGAUGCUCUGAACGGUAGCUGUGACUACACCUUGCCCACGUGUAACAAUAGCACAGGUGAAGCGGCAUUGCAGCUGCCCACUUUUUCCAUGGCAGCAAAAGUGAGGGUGAUAAUUACCUUCACUCUUUGCGCAGUGUCAGCUGUGUGUAACCUCUCCGUGUUGUGGGCUGCCAGCACUAACAACAAGCGCAAAUCUCAUGUAAGAAUUUUAAUCAUGAAUCUCACUGUUGCUGACCUGCUUGUGACUUUCAUCGUGAUGCCAGUGGAUGCGGCUUGGAACAUCACGGUUCAGUGGUUGGCAGGGGAUCUGGCUUGCAGAUUGCUAAUGUUUCUGAAGCUUGUGGCGAUGUACUCCUGUGCGUUCGUGACUGUGGUCAUAAGCCUGGACAGGCAGUCGGCCAUUCUCAACCCUCUGGCCAUCAAUAAGGCUAAGAAGAAGAACAAAAUAAUGCUGAGCGUGGCCUGGGUGAUGAGUGUUGUUCUCUCUGUCCCUCAGAUGUUCCUGUUUCACAAUGUGACCAUCACGGUGCCAGCCAAUUUCACUCAGUGCACUACUCGAGGGAGCUUUGUCAAACACUGGCAGGAGACCAUCUACAAUAUGUUUACUUUCAUUUGCCUCUUCCUGAUUCCUCUGGCCAUCAUGAUCUGCUGCUACACAAGGAUCUUGGUGGAGAUCUCUCAAAGGAUGACCAAAGGAAACAUAUCAUCAAAGGAAGUCCACUUACGGCGUUCCAACAGCAACAUCCCAAAGGCCCGUAUGAGGACUUUAAAAAUGAGCAUAGUUAUAGUGACCUCUUUCAUAGUUUGCUGGACGCCGUACUACUUGCUGGGUCUCUGGUACUGGUUCCUUCCUGAGGAUUUAGAAGAGACUGUUUCUCACUCACUCACUCACAUACUGUUUAUUUUUGGACUCUUCAAUGCGAUUCUGGAUCCCAUCACUUAUGGCCUCUUUACCAUCCAUUUCCGUAAAGGACUGAAGCGCUACUGUCGCAACGCAGUGGUACUCACAGAGUCAGAGAAUAAUUCCAUCUUGACGGGCUCAUUGAAAUGCUCACCAUCCCCGUUUCGCAUGAAAAGAGUGACCCAGACCGGUCCAGGAGCUGACCCGGAGCAGAAUGCGGUGAGUGGGGAAGAUAAGAAGCCAGCUGACAGUGAAAACAAGGAAUAGUGGCAACCCUACCAAUCCAGCCUUGAAAGUGUCAUUUGAUUAAAGAUACGGAUGUGACAAGACAGGCCCUGUACUGGCAGUCUAGCUGCUCGCAAGAACAAUGAGACAACAACACACUCCUGCCUGUUCUCCUCAACCGUGUUAGACAGAUUCCAAUUGAGCCCAAGUGUGUCACAUCUUUUGAUUAAUUCGCUGAUGAGCUGCCUCAAUUACUCAGUUAUAUUUAAUACCCAUCUAUUUUCCUGAUACAGGUGAUUAAGUUUUGUAAUCAUUUGCUCUUUACUAAAUACGCCAAUCACACUGCAGAUUAAUUAGACCAUUUCUACUUGUGGCUUUUGUUGAAAAUGUCAUUUACAUCAAGGGUUUUUUACAUCUCAUCUGCAGCAUCUCCACCUGCUAUCACAAAGGGCAUCGCUCUUGAAUUACUGAAGACAUUUGUUUCAUCUACAAACAAAUAAGAUGUGUGGAUUUAGCGUUUUGAGAUAUUACAAAAGCAAAUUCAUGUACACUUGUUCUUGAAUAAUUGCCUGGUGUUAAUUGGAAGCGUUCAGUCGUAUCUUUUGAGGAAUCCUAACCCAGACCCUUGGGAUGCUAUCGUUUAAGGUGUAGACUUUUUAUUGGAUGGAUUCAGAAACACUAACCAGCCACAAGAGAUCUUGCAUUUGAAGUGUGUGCUAGUAUUACUGGGCAGUCUGAACUCAUUAGAAUCUGUAUUUAUGGUGUAUACACAUACAUUUUUUGUAUAUUUGGAUGUAGGCUGAAAUGAAAAUACAAUAUGGAUGUACUGACAGCAUCAAAAAUGUGAACAUGUUUAAUUGUAAAAAUCUUUAUGAAUCCUUUAUAUUUAGGUUUUAUAAAAUGUAUAUUUACGGGACAUUUUAUAAUUAUACAUAUUUUGAAGCCCACUCGUACCAUAAACCUAACCACUAUUCAACAAUAUAGAAAUGUAGACAGAUAAAUGCAUAGCGACAGUCAUUAUACCUCAAUAUACCGUUCAAAAGUUUGAUACUUUUAUUCAGCAAGAAUUAAACUGGCCAAAAUGACAGUAAAAAGAGAAAAACUUCUAAUACUGCAAAAGAUUUCAUUUAAAUGCUGUUCUUCCUACUCAUCAAAAAAAUACAUCCCAAAAAAGAACAUUAAGCAGCAAUGGUACUUGAGCUCCAAGUCAGCAUAUUAGAAUGAUUUCUGAAGAAUCAUUGAAAACUGGAGCAAUGGCUGCUGAAAAUUCAGCAAAAAUAAAUAUAAAAAAUUAAAUAAAUUAAAAUUGUAAUAAUAUUUUGCAAUAUUAGUUUUCACUGUAUUUUUGAUCAAAUAAAUGCAGCCUUGGUGAGUAUAAGAGACUACUUUUAAAUACGAGAAAAAAAUCUUGUUGGAACGAUAAUGUGUAUAUUGUUUAAUCGUCCUAGAAAAUCCUUCAAAAUUAGAAUACAGCACCAGACUUUGCACAGAAAAGAAUACAGAGGUAAAUACAAAUGAAUAAACCAAUUCACUUAAUAUUUGAUCAGUUUAAAAGGACUUAGUAUCUCUUUUCAUAUAUAGAAAGCUUGCAUUUUGCAUGCUGUCAAUACUUCAAUAAUGUACAUUUGAAUGUCUACACAAACAUACAUAAAUAAACUGUAUGUGUGCCAGAACCACACUUUACAUUAUAAAUACCAACACAUUUAUGAAGUGACAUUGCGCUGAGGCCAACACCAUACCAUCAUUCCUUGCAAUUACAACAAACUAUUUAGCUUUAAAAUGAUAUUUGAUUGACGCAUGAGUAUGUGUUUACAUCAUACUUCUCAGGGAAGGUGCUUCUUUUGUCACAGGGUAUUGAAGUCCAACUGGAGACUGACAAACUGUAAAGCUUUCCUCAUCUUCAUGUCAGGUGAAUAAUAUCAUCUCUGUUGAUGUGACGUUACGUGCUCUGACAGUGCUCUAUAAUCAACAGAACCAUGAUCGUUUCUGUGUGAUCAAGUGUGUAUUUCUGAGAGAGUCAUGUGACAUCCACUAGUUGUGCUUCUUGUGUUUGCUGUGUCACUACAGGGUGUACUUAGGCCUUAAUGACCUAGAUUUUCAACUUCAGUAAAUGUAAUAGCCCUGCGAGAAAGUGUACCGAGGAAGAAAAUGAAAGGGGAGGGAGUCUUUUCUGUCAGUCUGUCAUGGGUGAAGAGAAUUUAUAUCUAUACACUUGCGUAUGUAUGUACAUAUAGCAUCUAGCCAUUAAGUGAACCACAGCUGCACUUUAAUGUUCUCAGUUGGAAACAUUACAUACGCAUUGAGGCUACAACAGUGCUUGAUGGUUCUGCAGCAGGGUUUAAAAUGUGUUUAGGUAUUGUCUGCCUGAUUUUCUCAUUCUCAUUCUAUCCAUUAUAUAUACUUGCUGAAGAGAAGGAUUAAGAGAUUACAUGGAGAAAACAACAUUACUGCAUCAUGAUGUGAAUAUGAUAUGGUAUUUAUAUGACAUUAAUCUAACAAAAAUGUGGCAACGUUAACACCUUAUUUAAAUGCAUGAUGUGUUUAUGAGAAAUAGAAGAAAGGUAAAGCUGUUCUUUUCUUUUGUUGUGCAUGAUAUAUGAUUAUAUUGUAUUGCGUUUCCUUAUGUUGUAUGUUCUGGGUUAUG